AUGCCAGCUACAGUCCCCUGCCAGUAUCGCACCGGCAAGACAUUGGGCAGCGGAACAUACGCUAUCGUCAAGGAGGCCAUCCACAUUACAACCGGAAAGUACUAUGCCUGCAAAGUUAUCAACAAGAAACUUAUGGAGGGCCGUGAACACAUGGUACCUCUAUAUCCACUUCGUCUCCAAAAAACGCGUCUCAUCCCACUCGCCCUCCAGGUCCGUAACGAGAUCGCCGUCCUAAAGAAGAUAUCCAGUGGUCACCCCAACAUUGUAACCCUCCACGAUUACUUUGAGACCGCCCACAAUCUCUACCUCGUCUUCGAUCUCUGCACCGGUGGUGAACUCUUCGACCGGAUAUGCGCAAAGGGCAACUACUACGAGGCCGAUGCAGCCGACCUGGUCCGCACCAUCUUCAAAGCCGUUGAAUACAUCCACAACUCUGGCGUCGUUCAUCGAGGUAUGCUCUCCCAUGUCUUCCACAUGCUGCGUGACUCACUCGCUGUCAUCUAUAAUCAUUCUUAUCAUCGUUACUACCUCCAAGACCUGAAACCCGAGAACCUCCUCUUCAAGACCCAAGCCGAAGAAGCAGCCAUCAUGAUCGCAGACUUUGGAUUGAGUAGGGUCAUGGAAGAAGAAAAGUUUAGCCUCUUGACCGAGAUCUGCGGUACACCCGGUUACAUGGCACCGGAAAUCUUCAAACGAACCGGCCAUGGCAAACCGGUUGACGUCUGGGCAAUGGGCGUCAUCACGUACUUCCUCCUCGCGGGCUACACGCCCUUUGAUCGUGAAUCCCAGCAACAAGAAAUGGAAGCCAUCAUCGCCGGAGACUACAAAUUCGAACCAGCAGAAUAUUGGGAGAACGUAUCCGAAACCGCCAAGGACUUUGUGAGGACGUGUUUGACCAUCGACCCCAACAAGAGGCCGACAGCGACGGAGGCGCUGGCUCACAAGUGGCUGGCGGACAAAGAACCUCACUUUGUUGCUAACCCUGCUGACGGUACUCCAGCUGACCUCUUGCCAAACGUUAAACGAGCAUUCAACGCCAAGCGAGCCUGGAAAAAGGCGGCGUACGGUAUCCGCGCGAUGAACAGGAUGGCGUCGCUCGCCAGCGGAGGAUUGACGAACCCAGAGGCAGCACUCAUGCGCGAGAACCUGGACAAGUACAAGGCAGAGUCAGAGAAGGAGGAUAUUCAGACCGCAUCGAUCACAUACAUGCCACAACACACGCCUGUCACAGCCGAGUUCCCAGCAGGUUCUCAAAAGAGCGCAACCGACGACGAAUUGCAGAAGAAACUCGCCAACGCCACCAUCCAGGGUUAAGCCACGCCCUCUCGUCUACAUCCUCAUGCCUAUGCCUUUCGUCAGUUUGCUUAUCCUCGGGCUGUCGUCAAUCGGAGUUUACGAUCUACCUCUGGCCAUCUACCUAUCUAAUGCUUCGUGAUUCAUUCCCUUGCUACCAUUGUAGAAAUGUAUAAUGUUGAAUAUAUC